AUGAUCACUGUCAAUAUUGCCCGGCGAAAUGUUGGCCCUUCCCAAUCGGAAGACCUUGACGGUUUGCAUCUUUUCGACGUCAACAUUAUCAGAGACAACGGCACGUCGCACAUCGGAUCAAAUACCUCAGUUACCAUCCGUCCUCUUCUUCUUCUUCUUCUGGCAACUGGUGCCCCGGGCCAUAUUGAGCCACCAUAUGGGGGGGACUGGGUCAGCGAACAUGCGCAGGACAUGAUGAAUGCACUACAGACGCAGAUGAACUCUCCAUCCGACUUUUACGGGAAAAAAGUAGUCAUUCGUAUUGCAGAACAACCCUGGUUCAACAAUAAUAACUCUGAGGAUCACAAUACCGAAGACCACAUGCCCAUGCCGCGCGUUCUUUGGGAGUUCCUAGAGCGGCUCGAGGUAUGGGAACCUAUGAUGCGGCCGAUGGAGGUCAGCAUGGUGCAGACACUGGCUACUGGCACUCCCCAACAUCUCAGCCAGGAUUUCAAAGGAAACAAGGUUGAUGACCAGGAGAACGAAGGACAAAGGAGGAUCCUUGUAUUGUCGUGUCGUGCUCCUGGUCGUUCCACUCAUGCCAGCGAGCUCACCCUCUCAGUCUCGCGUCCCAUUCUACAGGCGGCAGGAGAUUCUACGAGCCCCAUCUUCAUACGACCUGGGUCCUUUCGUGCCUUGAAGACUGAGCUCGAAUCCCACCCUAAAGGCUACUUUACUGCAAUUCAUUUAGAUAUGCUGCUUGUCCACAAGCGCCCUCGAAAAUCCGAGCCCGAGACUCCCAGGAUCUACUUCCAAUUCAUCAACCAAAACAAGACUGAGGUGAUAGAGGAGGACCUAAAAGCCGUCGAUAAAGUUGCGGCACUGCUUCUGCUUUAUGGUGUUCAGGACGUUGUCAUUGCUCCCUGUCCAUAUGCCAGAUCCGCCGUUGAGACUGCAGCUACCGUACUUUUGAGCAGUGGAAUACAGACCGUGGUUACUUUGGCCUAUCAUAUCACUGAAACUGGCGUCGAGGCAUUCAUACGAUCGCUCUACACUGGGUACAUUCAUCAGCGUCUCCCUUUGGAAGAGGCCGCUCGAGCAGCUCGACGACGCUUGAGGGGAAGUGAGGGCGAUGAGAGGUUGCCCAUUUGUGAUUUCGUGGUACUUACUUACUUCAACCCAGAGUGGCUUCCAUCCACCGGUUCGCGUUCUGACUGCAAAACUCCCAAGCAAGAGCAGAGCCAUCCUAACUCGCUGUAUGGGCGAGAACAAGACAUUGUCCACCUAGAAUCAAUACUUUUGCUUGGAAAGCCACUACCUCUAUUGAUCUAUGGCAUGGCUGGUAUCGGCAAAACCACUCUUCUGGAUCAUUUAUGUACAUGGUGGAAGGCUUCGGGUAUGAUCGAAGAUGCAAUCCAUAUACACCUCAACUCGAGUGAACCUUUCAACAAGGAUAGCAUGCUACAACAGCUGCAACGCCACUUUGUUCCGAACUCUACUCUAGACUCAGAAGAUAAAAGCUCUUUGUAUGAGCAUUUCGAGAGUCACAAAUGUCUCAUCGUGAUUGACGAUCUCGACUCAGCGAACUUCAACCGACAACAAAGCCAAUUCAUCAAUCUUACCUCCAAGCUGUCCAAGUCUGGUGCACUUGUCAUUCUUGCUUCGCGCAAGCGAGAAAGAUGGCUGAGUAAGGCAAAGGUAUACAAAAUUUCUGGGCUUCACAGUCGAUCAGCGACUCUGAUGGUGAUGGACCCCGAAUUCAGGGACCGCGUCACUGAUAAUGACGAACCUUCAUCUCCUGAGCCAAUGGCAAAGAACAAGACACAAGAAGAGAGAGAUUGUCUUGAGGCUGUUAUUGAGAUGGUAAACGGAAAUCCCCAGGCUAUAGAAAUUAUGACUCAAAGUGGGCUUUACUGGUCAAGAGCUCCGAAAGACGUAUAUUGCUUCUUACUCGGACUUCGCUCAAACCACUCUGCUGCGCCUUCUGCGAGCUUUGGGACUUUGGCCACCGACGAAGAAUCUGAACAGCCAAGCAACAGAACGCGACUUGAUGGUAUAUAUGAGGAACUACGAAGUACGGACUGGGGAAACGGAUUCCUGCCUAUAUUGCUUGCGCCAUUCAUGGGUGUUCUGCCCACCAAAGAUUUCCUCACCAUUUUAUGCAUCUGGAGCACAAGAGUGACCAAGGUGCUAGGAAAGGCUGCGUCUACACGGCUUGUGCACGCUGCACUCGACUUGGAUGUGUCUUACAGAGACAACACCGAGCUCACAGAGGAGACACGCGUCUUCAUUGAGACUUUACUGAAUGCUGCUGAAGUAGCGGAGCCUGAGGAAAACCUGGCGUUGUCGGGGUCUAGCGUUCUGUUUCAUAAAGACCUCGAGUUUUCCGAACCAGCGUCACCCGCUGACAGCUUUCUGACAGCCAGGUGUGACCGCAUCAAAGAUGGGCUCGUUGAUGGUGGAAUGCUUGAAGAUUUCACUGAGGUGCCGGAUUCGAUGAUCCCAGCAGACCGACGAAUUAUGCGUUUGAAUCCACUGAUUCCUUUGCUUCUCAGGCAACAUCCAGCCUAUAAAAACAACUCCUUUUCGCUUCAAUUGACAGUGAAUGAAGCAUUUGUACUAUACUACUGCUAUAGGGGGAAGAAAUGGCCUUGGGACCAUUGGGAUGAUCAUCGCGAAUGGGGAGUAGUUGAUGCCGAGAUGGAGAUGGAAUUCGACAAUUUUGCAUCUGCCUGCAUGACAGGUCUCGUGCAAAUCGACCUCGAUACAACACAUCUAAUGGGACUGAUGAGAAUAGCCGCUGUGCUCGAGCAUGGGGCUGGCGAAAAGUUCUACUACAGAAAGACUAUAAUUUCCCAAGUGUGGACUGUCGCUCUGGCCAAAACCCUUAUAGAGCUGAAGAAGCUUCAAGGCGAGGGUCGAGGUCGCCAGACCGAGAUAUAUAUGUUUUUGUUGACUGCUAUGUAUUUCAGCUCUGAACUAGGUCGAUUCCAUGGUCUUGACCGCGAGGCGGACGAGGUGGCCAAGUACAAAGGCCUCAUCGCCCAAUUUGCCGUGUUGUCCAGCAAAAUGGUCCCGGAGAAUGUCGAAGUAAAGGCGCAGAAGCAUAAGCUAUCAGGGAGAAAGGAACUUGAACGUCUCGCUGAAUUAGCAGCGGACCCCGAUCAAGAUAUCCUGUACUCUAUCCGAGGGCAAGUCACCCGCGUUUUUAUAUGGAUUUCAAACCCUUUUGACACCAGGUCCUUUGUGGGACUGGCGACCACUACAUUAGCGUCGGUUUAUGUUAAAAUGGCUACUAUACUAUAA